AUGGCUUACGCACGCACGACGCACGCCGGGCUUUCGCCCUUCUUGACAUUCAGCAAUGUCAUUAUCUGGAUCUCGGCCGUCAUUGUCAUGGGCAUCCUCUCCUACCUCAUCUCCCUCGACAACAACCAAGGCGACCACGUGAUCUAUGAGGAAGUCAUCUCGGUUCUCACUGUUGCCUUCUUCCUGGUCUCAUUCUUCAUCGGCGCCUACCACGGAUUCGUGCUGUUCUUCAACCUCAUCUUCUCGUAUCUCUGGCUUGUCGCCGUCGCAUUCACAGCCUCAGACUUCACGCACAGCGACAGCGCUCUUCUGCACACUGUCGAGGCUUUCAGCUUCAUUGCCUUCUUCUUCCUAUUCUUCAACGUGGUCUACGACUGGCACUACGGAUAUGUCCGCGGAGGACGGACCACCGCUGUCGUCUAA